CCUAGGUUAGGAGAGAACACAGAAGGGCUGCCUUAUUUCAACUGUCCAACAGUCUACCACAUCCAUCAUAAAACAAGAGUACAAAAACAGACUGUUUUUCAGACUGCUGACACCUGACAUUAUAUAAUAUUAAUAGAAACGAAACCAAAGUGGGGCUUCUAGGAGAGGCAAGGGAAGUAAAACAUUAUAAAAUAGGGAAGGUAGAGUGUGGAAGAGUUAGAGGAGAUCGGGUCGAAUCACCAUGUUGAGAUUAAGCCUCUGCCUAGCCCUCCUGGCCUCCUGCGGGGCCAGCGAUCCUCUGUCGGGCUGGGUCCAGUCCCCCGGCUUCCCCCGGGGCUACAAGCCCCUAUCAAGGCUGGAGUGGAGACGGUGUGCCCCCAAAGCCCAGCAGCUCACCCUCAGCCUCACCCACCUGGACCUGGAGGACAGCCUGGACUGUGAGAACGAUGCUUUGGAGAUCUAUUCAGACGGACAGAAGAUCGCCAGUCUCUGUGGCCGAAAGCCACUGGAAGAGCUGCAGUCCAGCGUGAGCCCCGACCUCAGGUCCUCGGCCGGGGGCUGCCUCUCCCUGACCUUUCGUUCCGACUUCUCCAACCCGGAGAGACACACCGGCUUCAGAGCCUUCUACACGGCCAAAGAUUUCGAUGAAUGCGAGCAUCCAUCAGGCCAAGAGUGUAGCCACUUCUGUCACAACUUUGUAGGAGGCUACUACUGUUCCUGUCGCCUUGGUUACAUUCUGGAUGAGGACCAGCACACAUGCACUGUGAGGUGCAGCCAGGAUCUGUCCGGGUCCCUGAAGGGCCGGAUCUCCAGUCCGUUCCGUCCGUACCCGGACAACAGCCGCUGCCGGUACACCCUGUCCGUGGAGCCCCACCUCCAGCUGCAGCUGGACUUCUCCGCUGCCUUCGACGUUGAGCAGGGUCCUGAUGGGGCCUGCAGGGACUCACUGACCGUUGAGACUCGUUCUGGGAUGCUGGGACCAUUCUGUGGUGCAGUGCCUCCUCCCAGUCCCUUACUCACACACUCAAACCACGUCGUCAUUCAUUUCAACUCAGACAACUACGGCUCCAACAAUGGGUUCACUCUCUUCUACAGGACCAAAGGCCAGACUUGUUUAGGAACAGUCACCCCCGAUUCUACAGUCACCCCCAUGCGUCAGGAGUAUCACUAUGGCGACAGAGUGACUGUCACCUGUGUCAUAGGUCGUCGAGCAAAUACACCUGAGGAAUCUCUCUCGCAUUAUGUUACAACGUGCCAGAAAACGGGCACAUGGAGUCCAUCCUACACCUGUGACUUUUUGACCUGUGACCUCCCAGACAUCGGCCAGGAUGUCCUUCAACUCAAACCCAAUCAAAUAAGCACUUUGUUUGGCGAUCAGAUUCAGUUUGAGUGCAGUUCCAGCUACUACAAUCUGGAAGGCUCUGACACGUACACAUGCGAUGCCAGUGGCGAGUGGGUAUCACUGGACGGGAGGAAGACGCUGCCAAGAUGCACUGAGGUGUGUGGAAAGACUGCAGAUGCUAGUUCGGUUACUGGCAGGAUUCUGGGGGGUAAAAUGGCCAAAGACGGGGAGAUCCCAUGGCAGCUCUCGGUGAAGGGCCGCGGGAUCGCGGGGGCCUCUCUGAUCGGGGACCGCUGGGCCCUGACGGCGGCCCACGUGGUGGACAAGAAUGAUGCUUUGACACUGUACGGCGGGGUGUUCAACCUGGCACAGACCCACCCCGGCGUCAGAACCAAUAACCUCCCCCAAGGUGAACCCCUGCCGGUGGAUUACAACCACGUCAUCGUUCAUCCCGGCUACACCAAGAACGUCCUCAGCAGCAAACGCCUCAACUUUGACAAUGACAUCGCUCUGAUCCGGCUGGCCUCCCGGGCGCCGUUGGGGCCGCGCCUGACACCCAUAUGUCUGCCUGAAGCCCAGGGGCCAUUGAUGGACGGCAUGCUGGGCUCUGUAGCGGGUUGGGGAAAGACGGAUAAUAGAAGCAUCAGUCAAAUACUGAGACACGCUCCCAUCUCAGUGAUGUCCUCUGCUGUCUGUAGGGACACUCCUCGAAUUGGGGAAGACUCCAUGCUUUUCACUCAGAACAUGUUCUGUGCCGGAGCGCGAAACAAGGACAGUUGCACUGGGGAUAGUGGGGGCCCGUUCUUUGUGCCGAGUUUGGGUGAGGGGAACAAAGGUGAGGCAGGGCCGUAUCGGAUUGAAGGCAUUGUUUCAUGGGGAGCUAAUUGUGGGGACCGGCAAUUCAAAGGUUAUUAUACUGCGGUGAGGAAUUAUGUGGGCUGGAUCCGCGAGACAAUGCAGAAAGUAGAGGAUGAAGAAAGGAAGAAUAUGAAGAAGCUGCUCUGUGUGUUGGGGUGUGAGUGUGUGCCUGUGGCGGAUGUCGUGUGGCCCAACCACGGGAUGAUCCAAUCCCCCGACUUCCCUCAGCCGUACGGCCCAGACCUGCUAAAGCGCUGGGACCUCCGUGUUGCCGACGGUUACCAGAUCCAGCUCACCUUCACACACAUGGACAUAGAGCCUACUCAAGACUGCAGUUACGAUGCUCUAGUGCUUCUCUCGGAUGAUAAAAAGUUGUUGGGGAAGUUCUGUGGCCAGGAGGAUUCCCCCGAUGGGAAUCAUCCCGGCAACCAGCACAUCCUGUCACCUGGCAACAAGAUGUCCCUGGUGUUCCAAACGGACAACACUAACUCUGAGCCGCACAUCGGCUUCUCGGCUCACUACCAGGCCAUGGACAACGAUGAGUGUGCACUACUGGAUCCGGACUCAGAGCCACUCUGCUCCCAAAUCUGUCACAACACCCUGGGCUCGUACCUCUGCUCCUGUCACCAUGGCUUCGAGCUACGCCCAGACCAACACACCUGUAUGGCCUCCUGCGUCGGGGGAGUAUUUUCCGAACUCACGGGUCAUCUGUCCAGCCCGGGGUUCCCCGACGCCUCCCUCCGUAAACUGGACUGCCGGUACCUCAUCUCAGUGGAGCCCGGCUUCACCGUCACCCUGAACUUCACCUCCACCUUUCACAUCGAGAGCGUCGAGGGGGAGGAGGGCUCGAGCUGCUUGUACCAUUGGUUAGAGGUGACGGUCCAGGACCAGCAGCCUGUGCGGCUGUGUGGGGAUCAGAGUCCAGGACUCAUGGUCACCAACUCAAACAACGUCACUCUGGACUUCCACACAGACUCGGAGGGAGUGAGCGAUGGCUGGAGCCUGCACUACAGCACCGAGAGGGUGAGCUGUCCGUCUCCGGGUAGCUUGACCCACGGCAGGGUAACACCGGCCUUCAACCAGUACCUCUACAAAGACUACAUCCACAUCCGCUGUGACCAGGGAUACAAACUAAUGAUGUACGGUCGAGAGAUAGACAGCUCAGUUAUCCGGUGUCAGAGCAAUGGACAGUGGCACCUCCCUCUCCCCGAGUGCCAGAUCAUCGAUUGUGGGAAGCCUGAAGAGUUGCUGAAUGGCGGAAUCAAAUAUCUAUCUGGCUCGGACUAUCAGCACCUCUCUGUGAUCCAGUACCACUGUAAUGAGCCUUAUUACAAUCUGGUGGGAGGAGUGGAAGUGAGUUUUACAUGUACAGCAGACAGAAAGUGGCGCGACAACAAUGAUGUCCCUGUAGUUCCAGUUUGUCUACCAGUUUGUGGGAAGCCGACCGCGCGGGCGGGUCAGGCUGGGAGGAUCCUCGGGGGCAAGUUGGCUCUCCCCGACACUUUCCCUUGGCAAGUGCUGCUGAACGUCAACGGACGGGGAGGGGGCAUCGUGAUCGGGGACCGAUGGGUAAUGACAGUAGCGCAUAACCUCGUUCACAACGGCGUACAAGUAAACAAAGAUCAAGUUAUAGUUCGGGGAGGACACAUUGAUGUUAAUGAAUUGAUAGAUAGAGCAGCAGCGAGUGUCGCCUCUCUCCAUGUCCAUCCUGGUUACGACAACCCAAAUCACAUCAACUAUGAUAAUGACAUUGCCUUGAUCAGACUGCAAAAUCGGAUAACGUUUAAUUCCUCAAUUAUGCCGAUCUGCUUGCCACCAGAUGGCGCCACUUACGUAGACGGCGUUAUGGGACUAGUCUCGGGCUUUGGGGUUUCACAGAAAGACGGAACAUCCAUCCUCAGCAACAAGCUGAUGUUUUUCAGUACUCCCGUCGUCAACCAGCAGACGUGCAUCCGAUCGCUGGCAGGUGAGAGCCAACGGCUGACGGACAACAUGAUCUGUGCGGGUUUGCCCGACGGCAAGAGCGAUGCGUGCCAGGGAGACAGCGGCAGCGCGCUGGCCAUCAGCCAGGGGGACAUCUACACCGCCGCGGGCAUCGUCAGCUGGGGCAUCGACUGCAACACCCGCGGGAAAUACGGAGUCUACACCAGAGUGGUCAACUAUCUGGACUGGAUCAAAAAGACCAUGGACGACAACGACAUAUAAUAAAGCAUGUCUUGCUCUGA